AAAAAAAAUAUCCACCUGAACAAAGACACCAUCAGGCCACAAAACCCGAAUUUAGUGUUCCCUCGUCUCGUGAGGUGUUUGUACAGACAUGUUCACGCUCCCCUGAAGCCUGGAAUCUCCUUUGAUUUGUGAGCAAUUUCAACAACUAUAUUGAGACCCUGGUUUCUUGUUUCGAAAAGAUAAGAGCUACCAGAAUUUGACCCGGAUCAAACCCAGUCAUGGAUUUGGACACUAUGGAUCCGAGUGAAAACGCCGGAAAGGGCCCCCCGUUGUUGGAAGGGGAAGAUGAGGAAGGCCUGAAUGUGGUGGGCCUAAUCUCAAUCAUCGUCUUCUACAUAGCCGUGCUGCUUGUGGGGAUUUGGGCUGGUUGGCGCCAAAGAAAGAUCGUCAAGAAUGAAGGCCGUACUCAAGAUCAAGAAGAGGUUAUGUUGGCCGGAAGGAACAUCGGACUUUUCGUUGGAAUCCUCACCAUGGGAGCCACGUGGGUGGGUGGUGGAUUCAUCAAUGGUUCCGCCGAAGUUGCUUAUUCCAGUGGAUUGGUUUGGGUACAAGCACCAUUUGGAUUCGGCUUAUCGCUCUUCAUCAGCGGCACUUUUUUUGCCAGAAAAAUGCGAGAGUCGCGAUAUGUCACAAUGAUUGACCCUUUCACUCAAAAGUAUGGAAAAUGGGGCGCUCUGCAAGCAUUUCCCUCCGCCAUUUGCGAGAUCUUCUGGUCAGCAGCCAUCUUGGGUGCCCUAGGCAGUACUCUUCAAGUCAUCCUGAAAAUUGAUACUGUCACUUCAAUCAUCAUCAGCGCUGCCAUAGCCGUACUAUACACUCUCAUGGGAGGGCUGGUGUCUGUCGCCUACACGGACGUAUUCCAAAUCAUAUUCAUCGCCUUUGGCCUGGCACUUUCCUUACCAUUUGCUGCCACGAGUGAAUUCGUCUCCUCCAAGCACUUGGAAGAGGGUGCUGAUUACCGAGGUGCCUUGCCCAGUCAUUUAGUGGGUGAAUGGAUUGAUUAUGCCUUUCUGCUUCUCCUGGGGGGAAUUCCUUGGCAAUGCUAUUUCCAAAGAGUCUUAUCGAGUAAGACUUCGACUCGGGCUCAAAUGCUUUCGUAUGGGGGUGGGUUAAUAGCCUUGGUUAUGGCUGUUCCUGCCACUCUCUUUGGGGUGGUAGCCAAGGCCACCGAUUGGGAAAGAACAGCGUUUGGACACGCCCCCAGCGGUGAUGAGAACAAACUAGUCCUGCCAUUAUGUCUGCAAUAUCUGUGUCCACCAUGGGUGACCUUUUUUGGCCUUGGAGCGGUGAGUGCUGCAGUGAUGUCGUCCACUGAUUCAUCCAUGCUGUCAGCCAGUUCCAUGUUGGCUCGAAACGUUUACAAAACCAUCUUUAGACCCAAGGCUUCGGAAAAGGAGAUUCUGAUUGUUUUGUGGUGCUGCAUUGUGAUCAACGCCUUCAUAGCCACAACUAUGGCCAUCAAAUACCAGAGUGUGUACAGUCUCUUUGUGCUGUGCGGAGAUUUAGUAUAUGUUGUGGUUUUCCCUCAGCUGCUUCUAGUUUUGUACUUUGAAGCCUCCAAUACAUAUGGUUCGGUGGUGUCGUUCUUCCUCAGCUUCGUCUUGAGGAUCUUGUGCGGCGACACGUUGCUGGAUAUUAAACCGGUAAUCUCCUUUGGCACCAUCUAUGGAGAGAACGAAGGCGAAGAGGGCCCAGUUCCGUUCCGAACCAUUGUCAUGUUGAUCUCACUCGUGGUCCAUAUGGGGCUUAGCUAUGGUGCCCACUGGCUGUUCACCAACAAGCCCAAAUAUCUCUACCUUGACUUCCUCGGAUGCUACAAAGUACACCACAUCCAUGGUGGGAUCGUCCAAUCCAGUUCCCGACACUUGAUGGGAGAAGAGUCGAUUGGUAUGGACGAGUACGCCCGAGAGAAUCAAAAGAGGCCGCCUACUUACAACCCUGCUUAUGAUAACAAGACCUUCUACGAAUAGGGAUGCAGUUAUUCGAAGAGUCCCCUGCCAAAGGGCUUUAGUCAGUAGUCCUCUUCUUAUAUUUGUGAAAGGCGUACAACGGUGGAAAACCAAGAUCAAAAAUUUGAAAUGCAUAUUUAAAGUCUGGAGAGGUCUGUGCUCUCAAUGACAUUCCUUGAAUUCAAUAUCAUGACUCUACAAUAGCAAUAAAGCAAUGCUGAAA